AUGAAAAUUCUUGAUUCGUCGGAUGAUGAAACAGAUGGUAUGAGAUUGGGAUUAGAAAUGUCAGAAUCAAGUUCAUCAAUAACAGAUGACGAGUCAACCCUUCCCGAUGGGAUGUUUAUUGUUCAAGAGAUUGUUGAUCACGAAUGCUAUGGUGAGCUGCGACGGAAAAAAUUGAUCGAUCGACGAAAUAUUUCUCAUAAUAGUCUAUUUUUUCGCGUUCACUGGAAAGGUUUUCCGGGUCAAGAUACCUGGGAACCAUUGAAAUCCGUUCAACAUCUUGAUGUCUUUAAAGAGUAUGCACGAAAGCAUAAUCUGAUCCAUUUGAUUCCAGCUAGCAGUGAUAGCAGUGAAACAGACAGUACAGAUACUGAUGAAAUAAACAAAGAAGAGGGAAAAAAAAGAAAGAUUUCUGAGACUGAUAAUGAAAAGUGCCCAAGAAAAAAAUCAAAGAUUCUGAUUGAUUCGGAAACCGAAGAGGAAAAUGAUGAAACAGUGAAUUCAAGAGGAAAUAAACAAAAAUGUCAACGUCAUGAUUAUAAUCAUGUUGUGAAAUGUCCUCAAAGGAUAGAUUCUAAAAAGACAUGGUGGUUUCGCCGUAACGAAAAGAAAAAUUUUGACUGUUCGCAAUUGUUCACUCGUGAAAGAAAGUAUGAUGUAUCAUCCUGUACGUCAACUUAUCAGGUUGGAAAGAAGGGAUCAAAAAAAAAUAACAAUCAUAUAGCUCGUUGCCCAAUUAGAAAAUAUAUUGAAAUGACCACUGAUGGCUUUACUGCUACUACUAACCGUACCCGAUCUAUUUCACCAAUUAUUGACAAAGUGCUACGAAAACAACAAUUAUAUGAUAUAAUUGAUGAUGAAGAAUUUCGUGAUGAUCAGAAUUUUUUGAAAGGAACAAAAAUAUCCUCUGCUAUAGCACAAUCUGAAUUAGCGUUUAUGGCAAAAAAAUUAGAAGAAGGCUGCGUUCUUCGUAUGUUUUGGAUGAAAAUUCAUAACUACAAUCUCCAUUCACCUUUGCGACAAAUACGGAAUGCAAAAGCAUAUGAAUUAAACUGUAUUCUUUUCAAGAUUGUUAGAGAGAGCAAAGUUUUCGAAAAGCAUUAUUUUCUAUUGCGUAAAUGUUUGGCAGAGCAAAAUGCAUUUGAAUUUUUAAACCAGUUACGGAUUAUAAAGGGAUGGUGUGUUUCAGCUUCGGAAAAUUUCGAUGCAAUUAUUUUUGUCAUGUUUACUGCCAGUGAAAAUAUUUCUAAAUUUGUCCAAAUAUUAUCCAAUAAUUGCUAUGCACCAGAACAUCAUAGAUGUGGGAUUUUCGAAAUCUUAUUGUCAUGUCUUUCAUUGAAAUAUCGAGCUAAAUUAUUUGAACGCUUAAAUCACGAAACAAAGCAUCGACUUUUAGAUAUUGUCAUAGGAAUAGGUUGCAGUGGUGGUGGAUUUUGUCUUCUUGAUACACUAAUCAAAUAUGGUAUUAAUAUUGGUUGUACAAGAAUUCAUCCGAUACAGCAGUGCGUGUUAAGUGGGAAUAAAGAUGCAGCAUUGCAUUUGAUUUUAAAUGGUUUUGAGGUGAAACAUAUCAAAGAAUUACCUAACAAUAAUCUGCACGAAGAAACUUGCAAGAUUAUGGAUUUCAUAAAUACCUAUUUGGAUCGUCUAAAUUUAAAUAUUCAAUACUGGACUAUGGCACUGAUGAAGGAGCAUAGUACGAAAUUUACACGUGACAGUGAUAUUUUUCCGAUAUCAAAUAUUUGUUUAUAUCGUAUUGGUCAAAUUGAUCGAAACGUGUUAGUUAUGCAUUCGUUUAGUUUGUCAUCAGCUGAAAGUAUCAUGGACAUUGGUAUUCAUCAACGUCAUUUACCUGUUCAAUUUCAUAAACAUUUACAAUUUCAUUUUGGCAAUCAAGAUGAUGAAAUGGAUCUGAUUUGCAUACUUCACAAUGAUCGUAGUUGCAUCUAUUGGUUUCCACAUGGAUACAACAACAAAAUAGGUACACGGGUACACGUAAAAUUAUCAUAUACGCCAAAUGAUUAUAUCAAUGAAACGAACGAUCUCGUCGUGUUACAACUCUGGGCUGUACAGAUUUCUCCAGCACUGCUCUUGACUCUCAUUAAAAAAGCUGAAAUAGAAUAA